AUGGAAUCAAAUGAAAGGGAGGAAAGACCAAAUCUCACAAGCACUCCUAUACAUUGGCAACCCGGUGCCAACUUUCCUUCUUCUGGGAAUACCCCAACUCGAGAGGAAGAAAACACCGAUCAAGCUGUCGAAGCAACAAACUUGCCAACAGGUAGUGUCCAUCCUAUUCAAGAGCCUCAGGACACCUGCAUAAAUAUUCACGUUAUCAUGCCUAAGAUAUCGGUAUUCCGAGAGAUUGAAAGAUCGCUGUUACUUUUCAACUCUCUUUGGCGAAUGGGAUUCCUCGAUAAGCCAAUGUUUAGUAUUUCCAUGCGCUAUCUAUAUUUUGAUCCUAUGUUACAUCUAUUGUUUUCCGAUUGGAAUAGCCACUUCGUUCGCGAGAUAUGCGAUUCAUUAUUUGUAAAUACGGUGGCUAUGGAAACCGCGGAUUUUAUACUAUAUUUCGCUCCCCCAGAACUUCCGUUAAAAAGAGUUAUUGAAGAAAUAAUCAAUAAAAUGAGAGCAGACCAAUUCUUAAUCGUGGCUCUUUAUAAAUAUGAAGGUGGAAGAUAUUAUGACGAACAUGAAUGCAUAUUGGACUUGAUAUGGAGUUUCUAUGGUAUUUACGGGGACGAAAUCCAGAAAAUUAGUAGCCGCGUACAUUGUUGUUUUAUUAAUCACGGACGCCGUGGUUUAUUUGAAUUAGAUAGCAUGAUUUGUUGGGGAUGCAAUGUGGCUGCUAGUAAAAAAAGAAUGUGA